AUGACGAGAUUCCUCACCCUAGCGACUCCGCCCUUCUUCUUCCUCCUCCUCCUCUUCUCCUCCCUCCCCUCCAUCCUCACGUCCUACCGCGACUGGCUCGCCCUCGGCCGCGGCGGGCCCCCGCACAACUUCCUCGGCUUCCUCGUUCAGUCCACCAUGGGGCUGCUCGCGCGGUCCGACGUCCGCGCCGUGCCGCCGCCGUACUACUACCGCCGCCGCCCCCGCCGCCGGCCGUCACCCGGCGACGAACCCGAGGAAGCGGACGGCGUGGUCGACGAGGCGGUCGUGCGCGCGUACGCGCCGCACGGGCGCACGUCCUUCCUGGCCCCGUCCUCGCCGCUACACCCGCGGGACGGGCCCAGGCCGGCGGUGCCCGCGUUCGUGGCGCCCCACCGGCAGACGUCGAUGCAGGGCACGCCCGAGAUGGUGGGGCGGAUGGAGGCGUUCCUGCGCAGGCUCGUGGAGGAGCAGGAGGAAGCUCAGCCGGGGGGCGGCGGGCGGCUGCUGGAGAUCAAGCCGUCCCAGCUGGAAGGGGGCCGGUACCCGGCGAUCUUUGUCGCCGAGAGGGAGGGCAAAAUGCCGCCGUUCAUGGGCAUUGCGAGACGGGAGAUUGUCCACGUUCACUCCGAAGGCAGCUCGCAUAUGACUCUGAGCUUGGUCGACGGGGAGGAGGCGGUUGCCAAGGGAUGGGGCGAAAGACACCGCCUGAGCGGGGUGAACAGGGUAUUGCCUUGGAGCUAUACCCUGCUGUACGCGCCGCAGAAUGACUACGAGUUCGAGGUGUGGACUAGGCUCGUGGUGGCGGCGUGUAGGUUUGUCACGGGCGGGAAAGACAUCAAGAUGGUACGAGCCUGA